GCGACUGGAGCGCGCCCCGCACUCGGCGCCCGCCCGCCCGCCCGCCCGCGAGCCGCGGCUGUGCCUUCGGGAGGAAGUGACUCCCUGGGGGGCAGCCAGACUACUGGAAAGGAGCUCCAGCCUGAGUCCAGUCACAGGGACAGUCUUGGGCAAGACACUUAUCUGGGCCUCGGUGUCUUCAUCUUUAAAGGACACGUGGCCAUCAAGAAUCAUGAGCAACCCAUUUGCACACCUUAUUGAGCCUUUGGAUCCUGCACAACCAGGAAAGAAAUUCUUUAAUUUGAAUAAAUUGAAGGAUUCAAGAUAUGAACGCUUACCAUUUUCUAUCAGAGUUCUCUUGGAGGCAGCCAUUCGGAACUGCGAUCAAUUUUUGGUGAAGAAAAAUGACAUUGAAAAUAUCCUAAAUUGGAAUGUCAUGCAGCAUAAGAACAUAGAAGUGCCAUUUAAGCCUGCUCGCGUCAUCCUACAGGACUUCACAGGUGUGCCAGCUGUGGUUGACUUUGCUGCAAUGCGUGAUGCUGUGAAAAAGUUAGGAGGAGAUCCAGAGAAAAUAAACCCCGUCUGUCCUGCCGAUCUUGUAAUCGAUCAUUCCAUCCAGGUGGAUUUCAACAGAAGGACAGACAGUUUACAGAAGAAUCAAGACCUGGAGUUUGAAAGAAAUAGAGAACGAUUUGAAUUUUUAAAGUGGGGUUCCCAGGCUUUCCUCAACAUGCGGAUUAUCCCUCCUGGCUCAGGAAUCAUCCACCAAGUGAAUCUGGAGUAUUUGGCAAGAGUGGUAUUUGAUCAUGAUGGCUAUUAUUACCCAGACAGCCUUGUUGGCACGGAUUCGCACACUACCAUGAUUGAUGGUUUGGGUGUCCUUGGUUGGGGAGUGGGUGGUAUCGAAGCAGAAGCGGUCAUGCUGGGUCAGCCAAUCAGCAUGGUGCUCCCCCAGGUGAUCGGCUACAGGCUCUUGGGAAAUCCCCACCCUCUGGUAACGUCCACGGACAUCGUGCUCACCAUUACCAAGCACCUGCGCCAGGUGGGGGUAGUAGGCAAGUUUGUGGAGUUUUUUGGGCCAGGAGUAGCCCAGUUGUCCAUUGCUGACCGCGCCACCAUUGCGAACAUGUGUCCUGAGUAUGGAGCGACCGCUGCAUUUUUCCCAGUCGAUGAAGUUAGCAUCAAAUACCUGCUACAGACGGGUCGUGAUGAAGACAAAGUAAAGCGGAUGAAAAAGUACCUUCAAGCUGUCGGAAUGUUUCGGGAUUUCAGUGACCCUUCUCAAGACCCAGACUUUGCCCAGGUGGUGGAACUAAAUCUGAGAACAGUCGUGCCUUGCUGCAGUGGACCAAAGAGGCCUCAGGACAAAGUAGCCGUGGCCGACAUGAAAAAGGACUUUGAGAGCUGCCUUGGAGCCAAGCAAGGGUUUAAAGGAUUCCAGGUUGCUCUGGACCAUCAUAAUGACCAUAAGACGUUUAUCUAUAAUAAUAGUGAAUUCACCCUUACUCAUGGUUCUGUGGUCAUCGCUGCCAUUACUAGCUGCACAAACACCAGUAAUCCAUCUGUGAUGUUAGGAGCAGGGUUGUUAGCAAAGAAAGCUGUGAAUGCUGGCCUCACGGUGAAGCCUUACAUCAAAACUAGCCUGUCUCCUGGAAGUGGGGUGGUCACCUACUACCUGCGAGAAAGCGGAGUCAUGCCGUAUCUGUCCCAGCUUGGGUUUGAUGUGGUGGGCUACGGUUGCAUGACCUGCAUUGGCAACAGUGGGCCCUUACCCGAAGCUGUGGUGGAAGCCAUCACGCAGGGAGACCUUGUAGCUGUUGGAGUACUGUCUGGGAACAGGAAUUUCGAAGGUCGAGUCCACCCCAACACCCGGGCCAACUAUCUAGCCUCCCCGCCCUUAGUGAUAGCGUACGCGAUCGCUGGCACCGUCAGGAUCGACUUUGAGAAGGAACCACUGGGGGUCAAUGCAAAGGGACAACAGGUAUUUCUGAAAGACAUCUGGCCAACGAGAGAUGAGAUCCAGGCGGUGGAGCGUCAGUACGUGAUCCCUGGCAUGUUUAGGGAGGUCUACCAGAAGAUAGAGACCGUGAAUGAAAGCUGGAAUGCCUUAGCAGCCCCAUCAGAUAAGCUAUAUUGCUGGAAUCCCAAAUCUACAUACAUUAAGUCACCGCCAUUCUUUGAAAACUUGACUCUGGCUGUCCAGCCCCCUAAAUCCAUAGUGGGUGCCUACGUGCUGCUCAAUUUGGGGGACUCAGUAACAACUGACCACAUCUCUCCAGCCGGAAAUAUCGCAAGGAACAGCCCCGCUGCUCGCUACUUAACUAACAGAGGCUUGACUCCACGAGAAUUCAAUUCCUACGGCUCCCGCCGAGGUAAUGAUGCCAUCAUGGCACGGGGGACAUUCGCCAACAUUCGCUUAUUAAACAAAUUUUUGAACAAGCAGGCACCACAGACUAUACAUCUGCCUUCUGGAGAAAUUCUUGAUGUGUUCAAUGCGGCAGAGCAGUACCAGCAGGCAGGCCUUCCCCUGAUCAUCCUGGCGGGCAAGGAGUACGGCUCGGGCAGCUCCAGAGACUGGGCAGCCAAGGGCCCCUUCCUCCUGGGAAUCAAAGCUGUCCUGGCUGAGAGUUACGAGCGCAUACACCGCAGCAACUUGGUGGGAAUGGGGGUGAUUCCCCUCGAAUAUCUCCCUGGGGAGACCGCAGACACCCUGGGACUCACAGGGCGGGAGCGAUACACCAUCAUCAUUCCAGACAACCUCACACCUCGGAUGAAAGUGCAGGUCCAGCUAGACUCCGGGAAGACCUUCCAGGCCAUCAUGAGGUUCGACACCGACGUGGAGCUCGUUUAUUUCCACAACGGGGGUAUCCUCAACUACAUGGUCCGCAAGAUGGCCAAGUAGGUCAUCUGCACUGGAGCCCACACCUGGAGCUGUGCAGGAGGGAGCGAAGCGCCACUAGCCAGUGGGGCCUGGGUGCCGAGCAUCCUCCAGGGCGGGCCUCCCCGCAGGGCACCCCCUUGCACAGGGGUGUGUGCUGCUCACGUCACCAGUGCCGUUCUUCCAGGCACAGAAUGCGCAGUCUCUGCAUUCUCAAUUUUUGUGAAUCUUUUUCUCUUUUUCUAGAAUUUGGAAGCUAGAAUGGUGGGAAUGUCAGUAGUGCCAGGAAGAGAAGUGAGCGAGUCUGUAAAGGAACUGACUACAGAAUGUUGAUUUUUCAUUCUUGGCCUGUUUGUGUUCAGCUGGACACAAAUGAGUCUCCUCAGACGGCAGCCCCCGCCUCUCUUCUGUUCCUCUGUUCCCCUCUGCUCAAUGAAACCUUCCCGUGAGGGGCUCGGGUCUCUGCAUAUUACAGUGGGGCUGACUGACACGGUAGGCGAACACUUGCUCACGCUGCAAAUCACAGCAGUGAUUGCAGUUCUUCCCUCUGCCUUUUUCCUUCGGGUGGAAUGAUCCAGACACCUCGUGGAUAGGUCAGACACUGACAUUUUUUUGAUUAUGUACCUUUUGAUGGAUCAACACUAAAAAAAUGUGACGUUUUCUUUUACUCUCUUCAAAAAUUUUCCCCAGAAAAAAUUUUCAUUUGUCAAGAGGAGAACUUUGGAGGUGGUUUUGGAGAGACACUUAGAACAUUUGUAAUUUGAAUAAGAUUAAAUCUAUUUUCAAGGAAAA